AUAUCAAGACUUUAAACUUGAAACACGUUGGGCUGAACAUUUUGCUAUUGUUCAUCAUGCUCGCAGUUGUAGAAUCUAUUACAGGUAAUUGCAAGCUUUAAUAGUUUACAUAUAUUUUUUGCGCGGUAUUAUAAUCCUUAAAACAAUUCGAACUGAACAAUGAAUAGAUAAAUCUAUAGUUUAAUUUGGUUUCACUCAGCGCUAGUGUACGUGUAACAGAUGGUGGUCAACCAGCCUUUUCAUUAUAUGUAGUAGUCUAGAAGAAAAUAAAUAAAUAUAGUUUACUCAGCCUAGUCCCAGUCGUUCUGAAGCAAGCGCGAGAAUGUAGUACAAGACUGGGACCUAGGUGUGACGUCACCGCAAAAGCUUCUUCAGAACGCCUAGCAGAUUUCAGUAUUUUUAAUAUGGCGAACAAUUUAUAUAUACAAAUAACUUUGUAAAUACGACAAUCUUCGUUGAUCAUGUUCAAUGUCUACAUAACCAAAUUCAAACUGUACUAAAAAUGUGCUCAAUUAAAAAAAAUUAUAUACAAUAUAUAAUCGUUGAUGUUAUUUAUAUACUCAUAAGUUGUGAUCAACACUAGACCAUACUGGUAUACACAAAACUACGUUUUGUACUUGACAAGUUUAAGUAGCUAAGGAGAUUGGAAAUAUUUGCCUGACAUGACUGUGUUGUCAAAACAUUUUUAGUUGGAGACUCGGCAUAAUUUUCAAGCUUCUAUAGAUAGCAUUUAAUAUGGCUUUAUAUUUUAGUAAACACGAGUCAGAUUUAGUAGCCUUAGAAACGUAGCCUAUUUCAUUGUUCCGACAGCAUUAGAGCAAAACUAAUGAUUUAAUUAUAAACGCAAAGGAAAUUUCCAUAACAUUUUCUAUUUACGAAUGCGGCAUGCUUGGUAACCAGGUCAGGGACCACUUUUUUGAAAUCAGGGACCAAUUUACCGAAAUCUGCUAGGCUCUCUCGCUGAAGCGUUCCGCACAGCACACCCAGGCAUAAAACUUUUAAGACUUAUUUAAAUAUGUCAAAGCAGCGAAUAGAGAGAGAGAGAGAGAGAGAGAGCCUGGGACUAGGCUGUAGUUUACUCAAACGUUAACCUACCAAUACCGACUGGUUCUUUUGUUUUAGGACCACAAAGAGAAGUGGUUUCAAUAUACAAUGAUGAUUUUGUCACUCCGCCAUCCAGACCUCAAUAUUUCAUCAAAGUUUAUCGUUGUGUUGAAGUUGACUUUGGCGAAUGCCCUAGCAGUGGACGGUAUGUGUACCCAGUGCCAAACAAUGUGGGAAAAAUUGAGAUAGUGGUUCCGGAUAUAACAAACAAAGAUUCUAGCAAUAAAAAGAAAUUUUAUAAAUAUGUCGUUUAUAAUCACACGUCUUGCGAAUGUGGGAAAGUUGAGGACAGCAAGAGGAAACUGUAUAAAACUGAAAACGGUGAGUCCAGUUCACAGUGAGCAAAUACCAACAAAAAAUGAACAUGUUUUGUCAGUUUACUUGUUUUCGUUCUUUAGAAAAUUUCUUCUAUAUAAUUGCGGUGCCCGUGCCAAGAUUGGCACUCGGCUUUAUUUGUCCGUUUGUUUGUUAGUUAAAAACUUUAGUUUGUUUGUUAGUUUGUUCGAAUCAAUACGUUUCCUUAGACCCCGUUAGGACAAGUUUCCUUAGACUCCGUUUACACGGUAAAGGAAAUUCAGAGAACGUGCAAGGAAUUUUUGUUAAGCAAGCAUUUGCUUCCGAACAAACUCCUCCCCCAAAAAACCGUCUGCUACGCAGGCUAUGGCAGAAAAAGCGGUGCCAAACUUGGCACAGACGCCGCAAUUUUACAUCAAGGGACACUGCAGGUGGCAAUUAACUCUUCAAUUGGCCGCGAUAUGAUUGUAGUGCGUAUCACUAUAGGCAUAGGCUAUAGUCCCAGCGAGUUAAUGCUCUUUUGAGCGUCUUGUUGUUCAUUAUUGUUCGGAUACGUUUUCAGUUCACAAUUUGAUAAUAUGAGUUUAACAAAGGUUUACAUUACACAAAAAAGGUUUACAUUACACAAAUUUGGUGUGGAUUUUUUGCACUGAUUGAUUGCUCGCUUCAAAGUCAUCCAGACUGAGAGAUUUUCAAAAGGGUUGAGAUCAGGACUUUGUGCAUGCAUUUCAGGUUGUUCCUCUUUUUCCAGGAUGUCACCAGGUUGACUUGAUGUACCGGAGCAUUAUCGUCUUGUAAUAAUGUGCCCUUCUUAUGGCGUCUUCUACUGACAACCAAUUGGAAAAAUGCUUUUGUAAAGUUUCCCUGUACAUUCUUAUAUUGUCCUCUGAGAGCGGACCAACUCCAUCGUAGGACAUGCAACCCCACACCAUAAUUGAUGUUUCUCCAGUUUUUUCUGAACCAAAGGUGCAACAAGGCAGCCAUUCUUUAGUUGACUUCCGCCACACAAAUACUCGUCCAUCACUUCUACUGAUUUUAAUUUUGGACUCAUCAGUUAAGAAGACUGAAGACCCUCUUCCAGUAAGCAAGUUUUUUUCUUUCCAUUAUCUCGAAGUGAAUGUAGUCGCCUUCUAUAGUUGUCCUUUCGGUAACUUUCUCAUGGAUCUCCAUUCCACUUUCUGGCCAAACUCUUUGCUCCAAACUGUUUGUCACCAACCUUGCCAAACUUCCUCUCCCCUCUAGGAGUUGUUGUCAGCGGUCUUUCGGAACGUGGUGCCGUUUGAACAUUUCCACGUAUCCGCCGGACGCCUCUUAGGUUAGUUGCAAUUAUGCCUCGUGGUUGUUUGCUCUCUGCGGCAAUCUUUGAUAUUGAAAGUACUCUUCUUCAGUAGCGUUCAGUAGCGUUCUUCUUCAGUGAGUUCUUUACUCGAUUCUACCAUAGAUCAGUGGAUCCUACCCAUCUUUUGGCUCUGAUGUUAUAAUUUUUAGAGGUUGUAUAUGCAUAUAAAAGAAGAAUAUACAGUAAAAGUUGUGGGAGAUGCAAAUUUCCUUACACUGCGCGUAUAAAUGUAUGACAAGUACACAGGGAAAUUUUUGUACCCAAAAAUAACACUGUAUUCAAACUUUCAAACUUAAUGAUUUCGCCAUGAAAGAUGCGCUAUAUAACUAACAAAUUAUUAUUAUCAUAUUAUAAAUUAGUACUUUUGGAAAGUAACUGUAGGUUGAUGACAAUAUAAAUAUAUAACCAGGGGAACACGGGAGCUCUCCCCUCAUUACUGAGUUAAAACUGCUGCAAUGCACUGGCGUUGAAAAUCCUUCAGAUAUACUGCAUCUGACAUAUGCUUUAUCAUAUCAAGGUUUGGGUAUUGUAGUACAUACUUGAUGCGCUUGAAAACUCAUGUAAAGCGCGUUCCCCACUGGGCGAAUUCCUGUUCGGCAUCGCUAGCGCUCUUGCUGACGUGCUGAGCAAUGCUGACAAAGCAUAAAGCAGCUGCGCGUGAACAAAUUUGCCCGGUGGAAAACGGGCUGUGCUUGGUUCUUUCCUGUACAUCGAGGGAUUUUCUCCGGGAUCUCUGUCCCGGGUUUCCUCUCCCCCAAAAUGUAACCAUUCCACCUUUGCUGCAUUCCAUGCCGAGAACCCGAGGCGCAUUAUAGUAAGCUUUCGACUCACAUAAUUUGACGUUUCACAUAAUUCAGGUCUCAAGGAAAGGUGUUACACCGUAACCUUAAUCUGUUUGAACUUUUCUUUGCAGUGUCAGAAGCUUAUUUCAAAACGAAGUUUUCGAACAAUCCAGUUAAUCUAAUACGUGUGUGUACCGUUUGCAGCAGUGCUCAACCAAGAUAUAAACUCCAUCCAAAACAUAGCAAAGUUGUCUCACUAUUUAGAUAUCUGGCGUACCGACAGUGCUUGCCUGGCUGCGUGGUGGUAACAAACGAAACGUCUAAUAAGGAAACUACCAUGAUUUCUAAUGAAGUGGAUAGUGUCCCGCUUACAAAUGAUAUUUUAUGCAAGGCUUAUGAUGGAGCUAAAACACAACAACAAGGUGAAAAGCAUCCUCAGACUCUCAGAAGCUCGUCCUCAGAAGCUCCAGUUGGAAACUUGAGUGAUCAAG